GUUUAUAACAGCACGAGUGCAGUUUAAUAUAAAUUUCACACCUGUGACCAGUUCAAAAUUCAAUGAAUUUUUACAAGUGUUCAUGAAUUCUUACUGAUACAUGUAUUCCGAGGCCGUCGAUUGCCGCCAUUUCCCCGCUAACGGCGUCAUGGCGGACGAGAAGAAUGAAGGUAGCGACGCUGCGUCUGUAACCGCUAAUUCUACAGAAAACGGCGGAUUUGCGUCAACGGCAGAAACUUUGUGUGAACGAUUGGGGUUUGAACUAAAUGAUGAAUAUGUCGUAAAAAUGCUUGCUCGUGGGAAAAGUGCUGAACGUUGCCAGUUCAAGAGAGAAGUCAGGAAUGCUUGCAAGAACCUCAACGUACACUCGCUAAAAGAUCGGGAUGGUGUGCAGCGGGUGGCAGACUUCCUGUUUGAGCUGUUUAACAAUUUGAUACCACAUGGAACACUGCAACGAGAGACGAAGGAUCACCUAAAGAACAUCAGAGAUAUGCUUCAGAAGCAGCUGAAGAAAAGUGCGAUGGGCUCGUUCCCGAAGACCAAGUACCUGAACGACCAGCAGACCGACCACAACUCGGAGGGCGACGAUGCCGCCGACGAUGACAGCCGCUCGGCGACGUCCGACGACGAUUGCGCGAGCGCGGCGGCGACGGCGGCGCCACCUGACGAGGAGGCGGUGGUUGAUGAGGAGCCUGGGCGGCCGCGGCGCGCCAAGAAGCGUCCGAUGUUCGACUACGAGGACAUAGUGCACACGAGCACGCCAAAGCCGCCGACCGCAGCUGGUGGCGCUGCCGCCGCAAGCAAGAAGUCGCCGUUGAAGGCACUCAAGGUUGAGGCGGAGCCGGUUGAGGAUGCCGGAGAUGCGGCGGUGGCAGAGGUCACGGCAGAGGUCGCUGCACCGCUGCCGCGGCCCAACUCGGCGCAUUCUAUAGACAUGGUGGCGCCGACGGGCGCGGCGCUGCUGCCGUGCAACGACAUUAUCCACCAGGAGCUGCUGUCGCGGCACAACGUGAAGGUGCUGAUCGGCAAGCCACGCAGCAUCGCCGACGCGGCACCACGCCGGCCCAAGGUCAAUCGAAGCACGCAGAUCGCGGCGAGCUGCGGCGCAUGCGCCGAGCGGUCGUCACGGCAACGGACGCGCGCGUCGCAGACGGACGCCGUGCAGUUUGUCGAAGACAACAAGACGGCGGUGCUGAUCACGCGGCCGACCUUCAAGGACUUCAUGACCUUCAUCGACAACAUGAUGAAGCUGUACGAGCGUGUCGCGUUCGACCAGGGCACGGACCCCGUGCAGGUGGUGCUGAAACCCGGAGCGGCGUUAGCCAAGCAGAAGGGCUCUGGCGAUUCGUCGAAAAAGAACACGAGCAACAGUUCGUCGUAGCGACGGCCGACGGCCGGCCCGGGGUGACGGGCACGCCGCUCUGUAUAUAUGCUCAAGAACUCGGAAAGCACAUUCUCAUGCGUAUUUUUGCUAGCAUCAUUUUCACGUUUUAUUGCUGCGGCUGUUCCGCCGUGGGCAGUGCGUGCGCACAAGGCACAGGUUUUCAUUGAGUACCAUGGGAAAUUUUUUUACCAAAACGUUAUGCAUUCCACACAAACAAUGUGUAUACAAGAUUUGGUCUUGACAGGGCAGUAGUGGAAUAGCAAUUUGGUAUUUUUAUCUAUUGUACAUAGCAACGUCAUACUGUUCUGCGUAGAGAUUUUGAUAAUACUAUAUAAUGUACAUGCAUGCUUACAAGAAGUUAGUCAUGCCACGUCAUACUUUUUAGCUGCAAGCAAGAUUUAUUCAUGCAAGUACAUUAUGUACGCGACAUACUGGCUUGAUUAUCGAGCCAGUUUGAAUAGUUGCAGGAGUAUUUGACUUCAAUCAAAUGAAAAAUCAAAUCUCACAUACUCUUGAUAGUUUCUAUAAUUAUAUAGAGCUGUGUGAUUUGAAAGAAAACCCUGCAUGCAUGCGUUUCAGAACUUUGUUGUCCUUAUUCUGUUGUUGAGUAGACUGAGUGAGUAGUGUCGAGAUUGCAGCUUCAUGAUGAUGGUGACUGCAAAUGUAUUAUACCCUUUACCAUGUUGAUUGUUGGCUAAAAAGAAAGAAAUUGCAUAAGAGCAUGAAGAGUUGUGAUCAUACCAUGUUUUUUUAAAUAUAAGUCAUUUAAAAUUUUUGAAUUUUUAAGUAUUUAAAUUUUGGAUUCUUUAUCAUUAACUACCUUUUUUAUAUUAGUGUCGUCGUUUAUUGUUUUCUGAUAACAUAUUUGUCAACCCAUAUUCAAAACUGUGUAGUACUUUAAAUUAACGGAUCUGUGGCAAUUUUGGUCAAAUGAAGCAAUCUGGCAAAAUGUGCGAAAUAUGAAUAGGAGCAAGGAUGGACCAGAAGCACCGUGUAGUGUAUAGUCGUUUUUGUGUGUGAGAAGUGGUAAAUUUAAUUGGAGCCGUGCACAGUAAACAUGCUGUGCACUCACAUGCCUCAAGCUGUUAGCUUUUAUUAGCUUCAUGAAUCAUCUGUUACAACAAAAGAUAUAUCUCUGGAAGCGCUACCUAUAGUAUAUUAUUACACGUGUCCUUGCACGUGUUAUCAGGGGGUGAAUAAAGUUUUUAUAUACACUUGAUUUUAUAAGCGACUGCACACGAAAGACCCCAAGGCAAGGAUUUUCGCUUAUUUACUCAUGAUUUCAGUAUAGAAUGUAAUAAAUAAAUUUAUAUAGACAUCUAAUGACUCCAAGUACACUGUAGGAAUAUCAAAGUGCAUUGUCAUAUUAUCCAAUAGGAUACCAGUACUGUGUCUAUAUGGACUAGGCCUAUAUCCAAAAAAAUUGCAGGGAAUACUAUUUCACGAAGUGCACAAAACUCAUAUUAUAAAUUAACAUUUCGAGAUAAUUUUUUGGAAAAUAUCGCUCUUGACAAAGUAUAUAGUGUAAAGAUGGACGUAGCCACUCAUCUACCUAUUUGUGUCGAUACACCUAUACCACAUCAACCCAUGGCCCUAUGAAACCGAUGUAUGCACACCUGUCGUGGGUGGUUCCCGCGGUCUCUGACAGGGUUCGUCAUACACAACUUAUCUGUUAAGUAUGGUUAGUAUAAAGAUCAGUAGAAUAAACCUAUUAUUAUGUAUAACGUAUAAGGAACCGGCGAAUGCCUGCCAGAACAAAAUCCUUGGAUCGUGAAGACUGAAGUACAGAUGUAGCUGCUUCUUACGAAUUGCAUUUGCGACUGAAAUUGUAUCUCGAAUGGCGCAUUCCAGGGUGCACUUUCAAAAAGGAGAAAAAACCAGAGUGGGGGUAUCUAAUACGUUUGCCCCCUUCCGUAGAAAACACGAGGGUACAUGUCCCCGCCUCUUGCGCCGCUAAGCGUCCUGGAUUGAUUGUCAGUUGUGCUACUCAGUACUGUCCAUCAGACUGCGUUUUAACUACGGCAAACACAAUAACGAAAACACUAAAACACGUAGAGUAUAUAGGAAUUCAGAAAUUGUUCACAAUUUCACCUAACACUAUAACGUACAUAAUUUACAUGCAGCAAUUGAGCACAUUCUAUGCGUAUAUCGUGUCAGCCUGUUUAUGUAUAAUUUACAUAUGUUAUAUAUUAUUGUAACGGAUACACAUAUACAUAACAAUGAAGUUGGGGCUGGAAACUAUUGUCUAACUUAUGAUCACCGCAAACUGCCUACCACGCAAUUGCCAAAAAUGA